GUGGUACUGUAAUGUUUGAUAUGAGAGAAGGAACAUCUUGAAAUGGAGAAGUUUGACGAGGAUAGAGUGAAGGUUCCGUUUGGGACAAAGCAGUUGGAUGCCGUCGUGUGUGUUCCUGCCUCGGUGAAAGACGUUCACACAGCCGUCAUCCUCACACAUGGCGCUGGUGGAGACAUGAACUUCAAACAUCUGGUUUCUCUGGCAAUGUCCUUGGCUUCAAGUGGUUUUCUCUGUCUCCGUUUCACAUGCAAAGGUUUAAAUUUGUGUUACAGAGUUAAGGCUUACCAUGCUGUGUGGGACUACUUGAAAUCAUUACAGAGGUUUAUCAUCAAACACAUAUUCAUUGGAGGCAGGUCAAUGGGAUGUCGUGCUGCUGCAGCUUUAGCCAGGCAGCUGAGUGAUCAAACUGAAGAUGCAGUGCAGGGUGUCAUCUGCCUGUCUUUCCCACUGCAUCCCCCAGGACAGACACACAACCAUCGCCAGCGGAGUGAAGAUCUCAGGGGGCUGCCUGAACGCAUGCCUGUGCUCUUUGUGUCUGGCACCGAGGACAACAUGUGUGAUAGGGACCUUUUUAACAGGAUGGUUGCAGACAUGAAAGCUGAAGCUGAGGUUUUCUGGGUAAAAGGAGGCAGCCAUGGACUGACAGUGAAGGGAAGGUCAGAAGAGUCUGUGUUGGACGAAGUGAAUUUACAAGUCAUUACCUGGAUGACUAAACAAGGAACACAGACGAAUUCAUGUCUGUUUUAAUUUUCUUUGUUUUAUUGAGUUCUGUUUGUUGAAUAAAGCAUAGUUUUAAAAAUAAAUUUCA